AUGGCCAUGAGGGAGCUGGUGGUGGUGGCACUGGUGACUCUCGUUGCUGCGAGUGGGGCAGAGCUGAACAAAGGGAAUGGCCUGAGAAGGCCGGUGUGUGGAGACAUGGUCAAGUUGCAGGCCUGCCCCCUCCUGUACUUGCCUGUCUGUGGGACCGAUGGGAACACCUACGCCAAUGAAUGCCAGCUCUGUGUGCAGCAAAUGAAAACCAGGCAAGACAUCCAUAUUUUGACAGAUGGGGAGUGUCAAGAUAUCUGA